AAUGUCACCCUCACCCCCGCAAGGUCCCGGCCGCGGCCAUGAGCGAGCUGGAGCAGCUGCGGCAGGAGGCGGAGCAGCUGCGCAUCCAGAUCCGGGACGCGAGGAAGGCAUGUGGCGACUCCACUCUGAGCCAGAUCACGGCCGGGAUGGACCCCGUGGGGCGGAUCCAGAUGCGGACGCGACGCACCCUCCGCGGCCACCUGGCGAAAAUCUACGCCAUGCACUGGGGCACCGACUCCAGGCUGCUGGUGAGCGCCUCGCAGGAUGGGAAACUCAUCAUCUGGGACAGUUACACCACGAAUAAGGUCCACGCCAUCCCGCUGCGCUCCUCCUGGGUCAUGACCUGCGCCUACGCCCCGUCGGGGAACUACGUGGCUUGCGGGGGCCUGGACAACAUCUGCUCCAUCUACAGCCUGAAAACCCGGGAGGGGAACGUGCGCGUGAGCCGGGAGCUGCCGGGCCACACGGGUUACCUGUCCUGCUGCCGGUUCCUCGAUGACAAUCAGAUCAUCACCAGCUCCGGGGACACGACCUGCGCGCUGUGGGACAUCGAGACGGGGCAGCAGACGACGACGUUCGGGGGGCACAGCGGGGACGUGAUGAGCCUGUCGCUGGCCCCCGACGCCCGGAGCUUCGUGUCCGGAGCCUGCGACGCCUCCAUCAAGCUGUGGGACGUUCGGGACAGUAUGUGCCGGCAGACGUUCACCGGGCACGAGUCGGACAUCAACGCCGUGUGUUUCUUCCCCAACGGGAACGCCUUCACCACGGGCUCGGACGACGCCACCUGCCGGCUCUUCGACCUGCGGGCCGACCAGGAGCUCAUGCUGUAUUCGCACGACAACAUCAUCUGCGGCAUCACCUCGGUGGCGUUCUCCAAGAGCGGGCGCCUCCUGCUGGCCGGCUACGACGACUUCAACUGCAACAUCUGGGACGCCAUGAAGGGCGACCGCGCAGGGGUCUUGGCCGGCCACGACAACCGCGUGAGCUGCCUGGGGGUGACGGACGACGGGAUGGCCGUAGCCACCGGCUCCUGGGACAGCUUCCUGAAAAUCUGGAACUAGCCCCUUUCUGCCCCACACCCUGGGGGCGUGUCUGCCACUGGCCCCACCCACAGCAGGGAGUGGGCGUGGCUUUAGCCCCUCUGGGCCCCUCCCCUUUUAAUUUCUGCCAAUUUUUUUUUCUUCUUCUGAUUGAAAGGAAGGAAAAACGGCCUGCUGAGGGGGCGGGGCUUGUGUCCAGUAGUGACCUUUGACCUGGGGGUGGGGCAUAGAUGAUUGACAGCUGGGGCAGGGUCCUGUCUGCUGUAGGGCAGAGGAGGGGAGGGUUAUACCCCAAUUAUCCUGCCCCCUUGUACACCGUCCCCCAUGUUCCCAAGGCUCUCCGGGGGAGGAGUGGCUGAUCUGCCCUGCCCCCUACGCGUGGCUCCUCCCCCAGAUGGGGGGGGUUCACCCCAGGCUCCUGUAGCCCCUCCCACACACCGGGGUGGGGGUGGGGGGAGAGAGCAGGCUACCGGGGUAGAUGGGCCCUUGACUCUGAGUCUAAAGAGGGGCAAAGUUAGACAUGGCGGGGCCUCCUGUCCUGCCCCCUCCCUCCCCGCCGCCCCAGGGGCGUCUCUCUCACCCUGUUGGCGGGGCGGGGGGGGGGGGGGGGGGGGGGCUGUUCUUCGCUGGGGUGUUUGUAGCCGGCUCCCGGCACCGCGUAAAACCGUAAACCGACCAAAACCAA